AUGUUUGCUGCCGGCGAGGAGCUGCUGGCCUUUAGGCGAGAGAUCUCCCGGAAGGCCCAACUGGACGAGUCCUUGCUGACUCCUAGUCACUCCUCGGCCUCCCAUCAGCCCCGGCCUGCACGACUCUUGGACAUUUUGCCCUUCGCCCCCUGGUGCGGGAAAUGCAUGCCACAAGCGCCGGAUGGGCAGCUCCCCCUCAAGCCUGAUGAGCUUGUCUUGGGCCAGGCUUCUGACAUCCAGGCCCUGACCGAGAACAUCAACGAGUAUGGCAUGAUAUGCCACUCACCCAAACGCGGUGCCGCAAGGCGAUCGCCUUUCUUGCGCCAGGAUGAGGGCAUGGUGAAGUUCCACAAUCGGCAAUCAAGGAUCGAACAGCUGGGCGAGCGACUCCACCUGACGGCGACGCAUCCAAUGAAGUUCUUCCAGCGCACGGUUGAGACGCCAGAGGACAUCGAGUUGAUGCCUGGGAUGACGCGGUCCCGUUUCUCGAAAGAUGAUUUCACGGGGUAUGACGUGAAGAUGAACCCUGAAGGUGACUCGAGCUCGGACACUGACGAGGACUCCGCCGACUCCAUCUCCCAAGUGCCGACACUUUUGAAGAAGUUCACCACCGAACAGGUGAGUCGGAUGGAGCUGGUGGCGCUCAACCAUGUGAAGAUCCAGGUCUUGAAAAAGCGCAUUGCUGAGGAAGGUGCACACUCAGUGCGGGCGCGUCGGACCUUCGUCCAAACGAAGUUCUCCUCUCUUUGGCAGCUCCUUCGGAUGCGGCAAGAUGGAUCGAUCACCGCUGAAGAGAACUACUACUUGAUGAUGCAAUUGAGAGGUCUGCCAUUCUUCAAUGAAAUUUCUUCAGAUUUGCAUGAUGCCAUCGUGGAGCAGACGACCACCCAAACCUAUGUGCCAGGUGGCUACCUUUUCCAGGAGGGGGACGAUGCCAACAGCUUGUUUUUGAUCCUGACUGGUCAGGUAAACCUCCGCAGCGAGACUCAUGUGGCCAUGGCCUACGACAAGGUCAAAAGCGCUCCAGUACUGCUCUUGCCGCAAGACCUCUUCAGCCAGUCUCGUGGUCAACCCUUUGUGCUGCGCAAGCAGAAGGAUCGCAUCCGCACGCAAAGCGCGGUCGCCAGCCUCCGCAACACUGCUACGAGCGAAGGCUCAGGGGGUCCCUCUACCACGGUGGCCUUCAUCUUCCCCGAGAGCAUCCUGGAGUUCGUGUCCAAACACUUUCGGGAGAAGGAGGCCGAAAACCGUUGGCACAUCGUGCGGCACUUCGCCAAGCAGCAGAGACUCUCUGUGCAGGUGUGCUCUAAGCACCAAGAAGUCUUCCAGGUCAUGGCCUUCCCGAGGAGCUAUUUGUUCAUCAAUGCCGGCAGCAAACCACCGUUGGAGGAGGCUCACCUCUACUUCGUCAUGGAGGGGGAGCUGUCAGUGGUCUAUCCUGUGAGGAAGGACUCCCUAGGCCGCUCAUCUGGCAAGGCGAGAAAGGAGACCGUGGGCAAAGGCUCCUUGAUUGGAGAGGCGGCUCUCUAUGGGGAAGCAUAUCCGUGUGCGGUGGUCUCCACAUCCGAAGUGAAGGUCUUGGUUCUGACGGCCUCGGACUAUCUGCACCAGCUCAUGAACAGGUCUUCUGUGCUCUCACGGCCCGAAGGCUAUGUGCCACCUGAAGGACCAGUGGGAGAUGCUGCUCAGGUGAAAGGCCGCCGAAAACUCAUCCAAGAGACCACCUCCUUCACGGCAAAGACCCUGAGGCUCAAGAAAGACCAGGUUCACGUGAAGGACCGAGAGUGGAAGGCCUUGCAACUUCGAGCGGAGAUGCCAAGCAAAGUGCCGCCUGGUGGUCAUCAUCGCUUGCUCUCGAUGGCCAAGAACCAGGGCCGGACGAACAACUUGGAAGAAGUUCCUGAGACCUUUGUGCAGAAGGUGCCCGUGAUCCCGGACGCGGGCCGUUCCGGAGAUGGAUAUCUGACGCGCUCGAUGAACCAAAAGCUUUCCAGCACUUCUCGAGACCUCCAACAGCUUCAGGCUGCCCAUCGUUCCCACACCGCCUUCCACUACCACGUGGAGGAAAUUGGUGGGUCCCCGCCUCCUCGUGCGCGGGUCUUGAGCGUUUCUCCAGGAAGUCGAAUGCUAAUGGCCUGCGGCGCCAUGUCACCGUGCCCUCGCUCACGAAUUCUGGAACCUGAAGGAACGGAGGUAAAUUUGAGACGACUGCCAGAGGUGUUCUCAGCAGUCAUUGAUAUUCAGUAUACCUUCCUCAUGGAGGCCUUGUGCAAUGAGAUGCCACCUUUUGUGAAGACCAAGGCCAUCCUGCUACUGAAGGCGGCAAUCUUGGGCAUCCGUGCAGAGUCGCGCUACAUGUAUUUGAGCUCCUGCUUGCCAACCUUGUUGAAGAGAUGUACCAACUUUGAGUGUCCUGAUCAGAGAUCCCAAGACGAGUUCAUCGAACGCCUGCGGGCCCUGGCUGACCUGGCGCUGGUGUUUCCCAAGGCCUGCCGCGAGCCACCGGAGACAGACGACGAGGAGGAGCGAGCAAGGAAGAAGAUGCAGGGCAAAGUCAUGCAAUCAAUGGUAUCUUCAUUCUUGCUGAAACUUCUGCAGAAGUCCUUUCCGACCUUAAUCCCGGUGACCGCCUUGGACUUCGAGGACCAGCGCUUGAAGCUCCUCCAUUCCAAAGCCUAUCGGGAGUCCAACUUGGAGGUCCUUUGUGAGCUGGGCCGCGCAGCAGCCAUGAGCUCUCCCCGGCCGAUGGUUGCAUUGCUGGAGGAGAUCGACAUGGGUGAUCCGCAAGGGGAUGGUGGCGGUGAUCUGGAAACGUCUCCCCUAUCUUUAGCGAUUUUCGUCCUCUUGGCCGACCAGGCGCCUGAAAAGAUGCUUCCUCAUGGCUUGCCCUUGUGCAUCUCCCGUUUGCGGCGCGCCAACAUCCUGCUGCGCAGUAGCUAUGUGCUGCUGUCGAACGCAGAGCUGGCGCCGAAUGUGGUGAACCUGGGGGAUUUGAAGUCUUUAGACGAUCCACAGGUGCUUCCUAGUGCGCAGAGCAAUCCCUGCUGGGCACAGCGUGGCUUGCGGCUUUUUGCCUCGUCAAUCGCACUGCUGAAAGAUGCCAAACUGAGCGAAUUGAGGAGUGCUAGCUGCCGCUGGUAUCCCAACUUGCUCUUUCGAAGAGUCUUGGACAGCUUGACCUCAACGGAAGACAUCGAACAAAAGGCUCGGGGCCAGCUCUUUGGUGCUUGCUCGGCAGCGAUGAGGGCCUUCACUUGGACAUGUCGCUGUGAGCUCUAUCUGGAGAUCAUCCAGGGCAGUCGAGUGGAUGCGGUGAUCGGCAGCGUGGUAACACUCUUCAAGGAUGAUUGGUGGAAAGAGGUGCUUGCCCGUACAGACGACUUGGGUGACUUGCGGCUGCAGCUACUGAAGGCCUGACGAGUGCCGAUGAAUCCCUCCUGUCAAGCCGUUUCCUCCUCCCACCCGGGCUGUCGUCGUGCCGUGCCUCUAUGGAAAGUAAAAAAAACAAAACGAAUUCUCACAAGCUUUCAAGACGCUUUGCAGGUCACCCAUUUAGUAACCCUUCAUGUGCAACCCCCUAGUUUUCUCCUUGAUCCAACAGGUCCUGGAGGCCACGCUGUCAGGUGAGGUACAGUUGCUUGGAGCGAUCAAAUGGGCCAUUUCAGUCUCGAGUUGGAGCUUUCUCUCCUUGCCUGGUGCUGGCUUUUGCGUGUUCUUAAAGCGGUUGGUGGUGAACCGGAUGACCGCAGACAAUAAGGCCCUCAAGAGAUACUUUUCACCAGGAUGUUAUGCUGUUUCCCCGGAGCACGCGUCACACGUUGGGAUUUGGCAUGCAAGCCCUCUCUGAGGAUUAGGAUCCAAUUCAUCAUGUGAAGGGCGGAACUAGGGUUACCUUCGGUUACCUUGUCUACUCACCACCCUUGCUCUCCCAGAUAGAGGUGAAGAAGUGAAGCCUAAGACAUCCUAAGACGGUCGUGGCCAGAAACUGAUUGAAAACCCAAGGGUCUGCAGAUGAUUGUCCACUGAACUUUGGUGUAGAGGUUUUGCUGAUAUUUGAGCAACCCGAGGAUCACCGAUGCCAUGGACACCC